CUCUCUCUCUCUCUCUAGCAUGACUUCUUGUUAUACUGGCGAGCUAUUUAAAGCUUUAGGAUAUAUUUAUAGCUUGUCGAGCAACACUGUAACUCUUUUAAAUAUUUACUGAACAUUGACUACAUUUUAAAGAUGCCUUCUAGUCGUAAAAGACUCUCAGGAGGGAAGACUUGUGUGAAGUCCAGCAGCCAGACGACCAUCAGCAGGUUCUUCAGCAGUGCAGGAGAUAAAGGAGCUGAGGUCGAUGAGCCAAGGGAAAGCAAAAGCAAGAAGAGACCGUUGUUACCUGAAGGAGGUGGCUCCUCGAAGAAACGGCUUAAAGUUUCUCACAGUGGAGAGGGCUUGGAGAAAGAAGAAAAGCCGACUUGCAGGGCACUAAAAAACUCUAAUAACGAUGGCACAGAAAUAAAUGUAAAUGAGCAGGGCUGUGCUUCUAAGGGAAGUCUUUCCUGCUCCACUCUGGAGAAGCUGCGUGGUUUCAGCUGCCAUGCAGACAGUGAGAGCAAAGCUACAUGUGAUGGUGUGAAGAUGGAGGACUCAGGAACAGGACAGUUGGAAAGCACAAAGCGAGAACGAGUCCAGAUGGAAGAGGACAGUGAAGAAGAGAUGGUUCAGAGCAAACAGACAAUCAACUUUAGUCAGUUUGCUAAGACUGGAGGUGUUUCUGUGUCUAAGAGGAGUCCUCCAGAACCGGCUGGACCUAAUAAGAGGACCAAAAGCAUCUACACUCCUCUUGAGCAGCAAUACAUGGAGAUUAAGGAGCAAUACAAAGACACAAUACUAUGUGUGGAAUGUGGCUACAAGUACAGGUUCUUCGGAGAGGAUGCAGAGGUUGCGGCAAAGGAGCUUAACAUCUUUUGCCACCUGGAUCAUAACUUCAUGACGGCCAGCAUUCCUUCUCAUCGCCUGUUCGUGCACGUCCGCCGCCUCGUCUCUCAGGGCUACAAGGUAGGAGUUGUAAAACAGACAGAAACAACAGCAAUCAAAGCCUCCAGUGCCAACAAGAGCUCCCUCUUCACCCGGCAGCUAAGUGCACUUUAUACCAAGUCUACACUGGUUGGGGAAGACGUGAACCCCUUGUUGAAGCUGGGGGACUUGGAGCAAGCUGAAGAUGUAGUGCAGGACACACCCAGUAGUUACCUGAUGUGUGUGAGUGAGAGCUGGGACAAGCACAGUAAGGAGCUGACCGUGGGCUUAGUGGUGGUGCAGCCCAGCAUCGGUGACGUUAUGGUGGACUGUUUUAAAGAUAACGCCUCUCGCUCAGAGCUAGAAGCCAGAGUUCUAAGGAUCCAACCCGUUGAGAUCCUGGUGCCUUCCAACCUGUCUGAGACCACUGAGCGCCUCCUGCACACCAUCGCUCUGGCCAGUGUCCAGGCGGAUGAUCGCAUUCGUAUCGAGAAGCGAGACAGCACCCAGUUUGAAUACCCCACUGCCCUGGUGACUGUCAGCACCUUGUAUGGCAGCGUGACUCCCCAGACAACAGAAGAUCAGAAAAAAGGUUCCCCUCCAUUCUAUCUAAGUAUAGAGAGUCAGAUUAUCUGCUGUUUGGGGCCAGUGAUCCAGUAUCUAACUGAAUUCAAACUGGAGAGAGUGCUGCUCUGUUGCAGUAGUUCAAUUAAGAGGCUGUCGAGUGAUACGGAGCACAUGGUAUUGAGUGCCACGACUUUGAAGAACCUGGAGAUGUUUUGUAAUCAGACGACAGGCACGGUGCGAGGCAGUCUGCUCUGGGUUCUGGAUCAUACUCGCACUCCAUUUGGAAAGAGACUGUUAAAGAAGUGGGUCAGCCAACCCCUGAAGUCUGCAUCUGAGAUCGUUUCACGUCAGGAAGCCGUGGCAGAAAUCCUGUCUUCCUCAUCUGUCGUCUUGCCUUCCAUUCAGACCCUUCUCACUCGACUGCCAGACCUGGAGAGAGGGCUCUGCAGCAUUUAUCACAAGAAGUGUUCCACUCAGGAGUUCUACCUCAUCAGCAGCACUCUGUCCCGCCUGAGUGCAGAACUUCAAGCCCUUGUACCUGCCAUCCAAUCACAGCUCAGCUCCGCCCUCUUAAAGAGCCUGCUUCUGGAAACUCCCCAGCUCCUCGGCCCCACCCACAAUUUCCUCAAAGUGCUCAAUGAAAAGGCUGCCAAGACUGGGAAUAAAACAGAACUUUUUGAGGAUCUGACAGAUUUUCCUGUAAUAAAGGAAAGAAAAGAUGAAAUUCAAGCUGUUCUCUCAGAAAUUUUUAACCACCGUAAAGAAUUGCGCAUUGUCCUGCGAAACCCGUCGUUGGAUUACGUCAUCGUGUCCGGACAAGAGUUUCUCAUUGAGGUGAAAAACAGCAUGUCCUCGAUUGUCCCUCCAGACUGGGUCAAAAUUAGCAGCACCAAAGUGGUGGGUCGUUACCACUCUCCCUUCAUCGUGGAGAGACAUCAGCAUCUGUUGCGGCUACGCGAACAGCUGGUUAUAGACUGCAGCAGAGAGUGGAUCAACUUCCUCCAGCUAUUCGGAGAGCAUUACUACAUCCUGAAGAAAGCGGUGGGUUACCUAGCAACUGUCGACUGCCUCUUUUCAUUGGCUCAGGUUGCUAAAGACAACAAUUACUGCAGGCCAGAGGUUCGGGAACAGGAAGGCCACAUACUGAUUCGGGAAGGCAGACAUCCAGUCAUCAACAUGCUGAUGGCAGAGCAGGAUCAAUAUGUGCCCAAUGACACUGAUCUUCAGGGAGAGGGCAAGCGAGCCAUGAUCAUCACAGGUCCCAACAUGGGGGGAAAGAGCUCUUAUAUUCGCCAGGUGGCACUUAUCACCAUCAUGGCCCAACUGGGAUCCUUUGUGCCAGCCAGUGAGGCAUCGGUUGGCAUUGUGGACGGCAUUUUUACAAGGAUGGGGGCCUCAGAUAACAUCUCAAGAGGUCGAAGCACUUUCAUGGAGGAGCUAGUGGAGGCCUCAGAGAUUCUUUCUCGUGCCACAGCGCGUUCUCUAGUGAUCCUGGAUGAGCUCGGCCGUGGCACCAGCACAUAUGAUGGAAUCGCCAUUGCCUACGCCACCCUGGAGUUCUUAAUCAGAGACGUGAGGUGCCUGACCCUGUUCGUGACCCACUACCCUCCCCUGUGCGAGCUUGAGAAGCUCUACCCAGGUCACGUCGGAAACUACCACAUGGCCUUCCUGCUCAACGAGCCCGAGACGCCAUCUGAAGGUAAGCGAAAGGAGGAGGUGCAGCCUGAGUUCAUCACUUUCCUCUAUCAGUUGACGGAGGGAGCGGCGGCUCGGAGCUAUGGGCUAAACGUGGCGCGGCUGGCUGACAUCCCCCAGAGCAUACUCGCAUCUGCUGCGCUCAAAUCCAAAGAGCUGGAGGCCAUCGUCAACAGCCGCAGGAAAACUGUGAAGCUGCUUACUGAUGCUUGGAAAAUCACUAACAGGGAAUCAUUACUUGAGUGGAAAAAAGGCAGACAUUAAUAAGGCUUGAGUGUGUAUGGGUCUGCAAGGAGAUGCUGCUGUAGUUCCUUAAAACCUACACUUUAUGCCAACUUACAUACAAUUAUGAGUUUUCAGGUCUGUAAAGUUUUUGUGUCAUGAAAGUUGAAUAACUUUUGUAGAUUCAUGUUGCUCUAUUAAAGAUUCUAUGCACUGAGCAAAAAAAAACUCUUAAGAAAAAGAAAAACGUACUGUAUGAAUGUGCAUUGCUGUGUGUGAUGAAUCAAAAAUAAUUAAAUCCUCUGCUAUAUUCA